AACGCAGCAGCGAAAUACAAAGAUCGAGAGAGAGAGAGAGAGAGAGAGAGAGCGGGCGGUUAAGUUUGCUUCUUCCUGCGAGAUCUGUCUUUAAUUUCCCACCAAAAAAAAAAAAAAGAUCAAUGCAUUUUUGCAAUCACAAACCCUAAAUAAAUUCCUCUCCCACUAGCCAAAUUUAACCUUUUGUUUUGUUCCCUACACUUUUUUUCUAAUUUAAUUAGUUGAUUAAUUAUUCGCAAAUUUCUUAUUUUUAUUUUGUCUAUUAUUUCUGUUUUAUUAUACUGAUCAAAAGAAAGAUUUGUUGCUCCGAACUCAAAACCCUAAUUUUCGGCAAUGGCUUCGGCUGCCGAUCCUUCUUCCUCCAACCACCACUCUCCUGAAUUUUUCGCCGCCGACGCCGUCGAAAGUCCUCGCUUACGGCGAGCCACUCUCUCUUCUCCGUGGGCCCAAGUGGUCCGCGGCGAGCCGGAAUCAAUCCCGACCGUUCAUCAAUCUCCGCCUUCCUCGUCCUCAUCGCUCUCCUCGCUCGCCCCUUCCGUAUCGGACCAAAUCCCUUUUUCCGAUUGCUCUCCUUCCAAGGCGGCUCCGUCUCCUUCUUCGCCGCCGCCGAUGAAUAAUUCCUUAGCCGCCGAGAACUCCAAUGGUAAUAACAGCGACAUUGCCUUGAAGCCGAAGAAGCCGGCUUGGAAGAAGCCCUCAAACGGCGUCGUCGAGGUUGGUUCUGUAAUGGGUGCUGAUAUUUGGCCCGCUCUCUCCGAGUCCGCGAGGGCACCACCUAAACAGUCUGCUGAUUCAUCGUCGAAGCCUCUCGCUGAUGGAUCGGUCUCCUCUUCUCAGGGACCUGUUAAAACAAAUUCUCCCAAGAAACAUGCUAAUUCUAAUGCAAACCCUAACUCAACCCAUAACCAUCACUUGCAUAAUCGGCAAAGACCGAUGAAACGUGGCGGCGCUGGAGGUGGGCCCGCUCAUAGCAACUUUGCACACCCUCCGCCGCCGCCACCCCCACCACCACCACCACCACCACAAUUCUCUAUCUUUCCAAUUCCGCCAAAUGCUUAUGGGAAUCUAAUGCCGGCAAUUCCUGACUCUUCUCCAAGAGACCCAUCCUUCCGCAGACCAGUGCAGGGGCUUAUGUCUCAACCGCAGCAUUCUGUAAAUGAUCACCGGAAUUCCUCCCGCAGAGGGAAUUUCGUUCACCAGUCUCCCGGAGAUGGUUCCUACCACAAUAAUUAUGGGGGUAGGCGUGACCAAGACCGUGGAAAUUUUGGUAAUGGUAGAGAUGCCCAUGUGCAGCCGCAAAGAGGUCCUCCCCCUCCUCCUCCUCCUCGGGGCUUUGUGAGGCCUCCACCGCCACCCAAUCCUGCUGCAUUUAUUGCACCUUCGCAUGCUAGACCCUUCCCAAACCAUAUGGGUUACCCACGGCCAGAUCUUGUUUAUGUUCCCUAUCCUUUUGACAUGAGAGGUGGACCAUAUCCUCAUCCGUUGGUUCCUCCAAUGUAUGGCUCUCCUGCAGAACCUCCUUUACCUGCUCUGUUAGUUAACCAAAUAGAUUAUUAUUUCAGUGAUGCUAAUUUAAUAAGAGACGAAUUUUUAAGGUCAAACAUGGAUGAUCAAGGCUGGGUUCCCAUUUCUUUAAUAGCAAGCUUUCCUCGAGUGAAAAAUUUGACAACAAACGUCCAAGUAAUAUUGAGUUCGUUGAGAGCUUCUUCAGUAGUGGAAGUUCAGGAUGACAAGAUUAGGAGACGUAAUGAUUGGAUGAAAUGGGUGCCGACUUCCGGUCGACUCUCCACAGAGUCAGGCUCACUAUCCCGUGGUAGUUCAAGUCAGAAUUUGGUGACAGCAUCUCUUCAAAAGAUCACAUUGGAGGAAGCUGUUCCCAGCCAAAAUAGCAUAUCAGGCAAAGCUGAUCAUGAUGUCUCUGAUGAUCGUCCGUACCAACAUUCAACUGAAUCGAAUGCCCGGUCACAACUCGUCAAUGGAGAGGUUACUCAUUAAAGUUUUAAACUGAUUGAUUUGUGCUGCCACAAUAAUGUCAAAUAGUGUUUAUACAAUCAGAGAGUUUGAUGGAAGAACUGGUGGGGCUACACCUUUUCUCUUAUUUUCUGAAGCUGUGACGGAUGAGGCUAGCCAGAGAGACGAAAUAAAAAUAAUUUUAGUAUAAAGUAAAAAGACGAGAGCGAGGCGGACAGAACUUGGAUUGUUUAUCCAGUUGAGGAAUUUUUGGGUUUUUUUUUUUUUUUUUUUUUUUUUUUUUUUGAGACAGCAUUUAUUGAGUUGUAUAGUUUGGCUUUUGGUGUGGAUGAUUAUUUAUUUUUUUGGUACUAUUUUGUUGCAUGGUUUUUGGUACCGAGUUAUCCAUCGGGUAGGCGAAGGCCAUUAAGCAUUAA